AUGCGCAUCCGUGAAACCAUCGUCUCUGCCAUGGACGACAAGCUUGCCAGUGGAACCGUGGCUUCGGAGCUGGUCUAUGGUGUUUUGAAGGCGCUCAGCCUUGCGUACUCUGCCGGGUUGUGGGUGAGGAAGGUCGCGUACAGGCUGCAACUGCUGCGGACGCAUGUCCUCCCUGUCCCCGUGAUCAGUGUCGGGAACGUGACGGUGGGAGGGAGCGGGAAGACACCGAUGUGCGUUUACCUUGCGAAGCUGUCGAGGAUGGCCAACCUGAGGCCUCUGGUGCUGACGAGAGGAUACGGCGAAGACGAAGAUAAGAUGAUGAUGCAACUAUUGGACGGCGUUGCUGGAGUAGGGUCGGGUGCAAGGCGAUACGAGAUAGGAAGUCACAUGUUGAAUAACGAAGAUGAUCAGUUACAAACUCUGGAUUGCAAGUACAAGCAUCUCCCCAACGGAACCAUGGAGACGUCGGCUAACCAUGGCCUCAACUACGACCUGAUCAUCUUGGAUGACGGCUUGCAGCACUCACGAAUCCUGCGUGACUUCCACGUGGUUAUGAUCAAUUGCCUGGAUCCUCCCACCCAGCACAAGCACCUCCUCCCAAGAGGGAGGCUGAGGGAACCGUUGUGCGAUGCGAUCAAGCUCGCCGAUGUGAUCGUUGUGCACAAUGCUGACAAAACGACUGAGAGGAAGAUGCAUCUGACGGUGAGGUCGCACUUCUCUCCAUCGCGGAUGACGCGGCUGACGUGCAAGGGAGAUCAGGAUAGGGAGAUGCCAAGAAGACAAGAGCUAGAGCUGUCGAAUUGUGCUGUUUAUUGCUUUGCCGGGAUAGCUAACCCAGAAGGAUUUUUCCAAUCGGUGAAGAGUUUAUCACCUGCCCUUUACCUGGGAGAAACUUCUUUUCCUGAUCAUCACAAGUACUGUUUAAGGUGA